AUGGGUGGGGUGACGUCAUCGGUGGCGGCGAAGUUCGCGUUUUUCCCGCCGAGCCCGCCAUCGUACAAGCUGGUGACCGACGAACUCACUGGACUUUUGCUGCUGAGCCCCUUUCCCCACCGUGAAAACGUCGAAAUCCUAAAGCUUCCGACACGCAGAGGUACGGAGAUUGUGGCUAUGUACGUCAGACACCCCAUGGCCACAUCUACGCUGCUCUACUCCCAUGGAAACGCGGCCGAUCUGGGUCAGAUGUACGAGCUCUUCAUCGAAUUGAGCAUCCAUCUCAGGGUUAAUCUCAUGGGGUAUGAUUAUUCCGGGUAUGGACAAUCAACUGGAAAGCCAAGUGAACAUAAUACAUAUGCUGAUAUUGAAGCUGCUUAUAAUUGUCUUGAAGAAAGCUAUGGUGCAAAACAGGAAGACAUUAUCCUGUACGGCCAAUCCGUAGGGAGUGGCCCUACAUUGGAUCUCGCUUCCCGAUUGCCACAGCUGAGGGCAGUCAUCCUUCACAGCCCCAUUCUCUCAGGUCUAAGAGUAAUGUAUCCUGUGAAGAAAACCUACUGGUUCGAUAUUUACAAGAAUAUUGACAAAAUUCCAUAUGUCAAUUGCCCGGUUCUCAUCAUCCAUGGGACCUCGGAUGAAGUUGUGGACUGUUCCCAUGGGAAACAACUGUGGGAGCUAUGCAAAGAGAAAUACGAGCCGCUUUGGAUCAAAGGUGGAAACCACUGUGAUCUGGAACACUACCCUGAGUACAUAAAGCACCUGAAGAAGUUCAUCUCGACGGUGGAGAGAUUCUCGUCAAGAGACAGGAGCCGUUUGAGCAGCAGCGCCUUGGAUGGUUUGGAAAUGCCCAGGAAGAGUGCGGACAGGAGGGAGAAGCCGAGGCAGAGCACGGACAGGAAGGACAAAGAGAAGCCACCCAAGAAGAGCAAGCUGAGAAUAUCGUUUGAGCAUCUGGAUCGGUCGAGGAGAAGCGUAGACUGCCACGACAAGACUCGGAAAGAGCGUUGACCAUCUUCAGAUUGAGAGGGGAAGGAAGAGUGUGGACAGAUUGGAUAGAGUACGCUCCGAGUAAUCCAUAUAUGUUUACGUAUGGACAUGUUCAUGUUUAUAUAUAGAGAGAGGUAGAGGAGUAUGCACUAUAUACUCUUCUUGCAGAAGAAAGACGUUUGAUUUGUGAUUGUGAUGUUUACGCAAAUGGGUUGUAAUUUAUGGUUUGAGUGGUGAUCAGAAGUCUACUUUUACUUAACUCCGCCACCAGUUGGAGAUUUUAUUAA